AUGGCAUCAGCUGCUAGCAGACGAGUCUUACGAAUCUUGUCAACGAUUUGCUACAUAAAUACACAGUUAAAUCGUGAAUUUUACAAUAUUUUUACUCAGAACAAUAAAUCACUAGCGUGUGUAUUCAAUUCAUCAUUAAAAUCACCAUCAACUUGCUACGUGUCAUCCACGAAUAAACUGAACACAAUGGCCAGCGCUGCAAAGACAUUUCCCACCAAUUUAAAGGAUUUUGGGUACGAGUUUGAUGAAGAAGGAAGAUUGCGAAAGUUAGAUCCCAAAACUGGUUCGUUAACUAACGAUGGGUUUGAAUUUAAUGUCAGCGAAGACGCACAAUAUAAUCAAAAGCGAUAUGAAGCUUUAGGAGAGGUAAUAAAUCAAUACGUCUAUGAGCUAUUAGAAAAAGAAGGAUUGAAGCGAUUGCCAGUUCCAAAAGACAGUGAUGUACCAUUAGAAUAUCGGUCAUUUGUAUUUGCCAGUGACGAUGCAUUUACAAAUAAAAAAUUGAUGGUUCUCAUCCAUGGCAGCGGUGUCAUCAGAGCUGGUCAGUGGGCACGGCGAUUAAUUAUCAACGAUAAUCUCAAAAGUGGUACGCAGUUACCGUACAUAAAAAAAGCUAAAGAAUUGGGCUAUGGAAUUAUCGUCCUCAAUACCAAUGACAACCGCAGGAUAAUUAAUGAAGAAAAUGAAAGCAUAGAAGGAUCCGAAGACCCACACGACCACAUGGAAACAGUUUGGUCUCAGUACAUACAACCGUCAGCAGCUACAGAUAUUGCUAUUGUAGCUCACAGUUACGGGGGAGUAUGUACAGUGGAAUUUGCUCAUCAACACCGGGAAGAAUUCCAAAAACGAGUAUUCGCCGUAGGUUUUACAGAUUCCGUCCACAGAUUACCAACAACGGGAUGCGAUCAUGUGGUUAAGGUUUCCAAAAAUUGGGUCUCCUCAGAACAACCAUUAGAUACUCCAGUUGAUUGUGCGAGCGACGACGUGCCGUGUGUCUCAGCUGGGCAUCCAGUUCACGAAAUGACAUCUUGGUCGUGCAUCGAGUCGCUAUUUAAAUUCCUUGAGGAGCACUAUAACAAUCGCGUUAAGGGCAAGGAUUAA